AUGACCCGCGUCGGUCAAGUGCCUGAGCAUGAACCUCUGGGGAAUCUUAAUUCAGGCCUGAAAUUCCUGGACACCACCCUGCGAGACUGGGAAGGGAGCGAAGCAUGGAGGGACAUCAAAUCCUCCCUCUUGUCGUUGAAUCUCAAUAUCAAGAUCGCCAAAGUGAUAGGUAUGGCAUGCGGGACUUUCACCCCGACAUUGGAGUUCCCAGGAUCCAGAAGAUCGGCUGUUCAACAUGCACUCCUCUUGACUCUGAGGAGCUUUCUGCAGGAAAGCAAUUUGGGCACCGGUGAGGUCGCGUGCUAUGUCCAGGACCCAGGAUAUUCCAAGACGGAUAGGCUAGUUCUUGAGAAAUCGGAUAUCAAGGCGCUGGAGGAUCCGGAAGGUUUCCUCGAAAUGGAUGAUGCGUCCCUUGUGUUUUCCUGCGCUCCCAACAUUUGUGUCAAGGAGAUUGUUGCGGACAUUGUCCGACCGUCCAUUCUCAUCUGGUGUACUGUCAAAGAGGAAGAUCCGAAAUUCCCCCUGUACGUUUUCUUUGCACCUGUGGUGACCUUGGUUGAUUAA